AUAGGGUGUUUGGUUUUAGUUGGCAAAACUGCACACGAUCGAACAUGGCUGGCGUAUGUUGGAAGUGUCAAACUCGGCGGGGUGAAAUAUCGGAUUUCUACUAGCAUAGACCUCUACAAUUGGAAAUCCCUGCCAACUAGCGUAGCUGCAACGCCUGGGAUGCUGUGUGGGGAGCUGGGCAGUCGCGCGUCGCCCCUCAGCCUGCACCUGGCCUGCGUCACCGCAGACACCCGGUCGCCGUACCCCGCGCUGCUGGCGCUGUGCCGCGGAGCAGCCAUGGCGCUCACGGCCGCCGGCCCGCCGCCCGACGACGAGGACAUCUUCCUC